CGAAGCGUUCCUCGUCGUUUCGACCGACUUUGCGAGUUGACGUAUCGACCGACGACAGUCUCUCACACCACACACACGACCAUGACCUCGCCGCAGCCAUUCAUCCCCGACGAGCAGCAGAAUGCGCCCCGCCCAGUGGGGUACAUUGAGCACGGGUGGAACAAGUGCAAGGAGCAGCCCAUGGUGCCAAUAGGCGCAAUCGCCACCACGGCGGCGCUGCUCGGCGCGUCGGCGUCCCUGCGUAGCGGGAACAGGCGGCAGUUCCAGCACUUCCUGCGCCUGCGUGUUGCCGCGCAGGGCGUCACCGUCGUCGCGAUGGUCGUCGGCGCGUUCAUGCUCACCGAGAAGGCGGAGGACGUGGCCGAGAAGCGUGCGCGGGCUAGGACGAACCUCCCGCCCCCCGACCCCGUCCCCGCGCCGACCGAGGAGAUCGACCACCUCUACCCCCCGCGCAACAAGACGCGCGUGUCCGACUUCACCCGCCGCCUGCGCGAGGCCGAGGACCAGCAGCGGACCGACGAUGCGAUCGUCAACGCGCGCAAGUAAGCAGGGGGGCCGAGGGGGGGAAGAGGAGCGAGGCCGGCGGGGAGGAGCAUUCCAUUCCGAAUUGGCGUCGGAGCGAGACGCGAGGCACUUCAAAACAUAUGACUACUCCACAUGCAACUGUUCCAUUACUUGCA